AAAAAUAAAAAAUAAAAAAACAACGAGGAGGUGAUUCGCCCGGGACUCGCAUGACCACGCCGCGUGCUCCUGUGAACACCAGACCGAAAAAGGCUUUCAACUUGAGGUCCAGUAAUACAAGUACAGCUGCUGCUGUUUACUACUACUACUACUACUACUACUACUACCACCACUACAGCUGCUGUUACUACUACUUCUACUACAACUGCUGCUAUUAAAAUGGAGCAUCCUAAUUUCAGGCGGCUGCCCGCUAAAAAGAAGCAGCAGCAGCAGGAGCAACAGCAGCCGCUGCAGCUCAUCGUGGGGCCCUCGGCUGCUGCCAAGCAGCUCAUGGAGGCUGCAGCUGCUGCCAUGGCCGGCAGGGACCCCGUGAGCGUGGCCAGAGCCAAGAGGCCGGAGGAGGUGGAGAAGGAGGCGCAGGCCCACGUCAUCUCCGAGGGUGGAGACCCUGGGAACCCCACUCUGGUGCUGAGCCGUCACAGCAUCCAGUUUGGUCAGUACCAGGGUCAAACCUUCCACUGGCUGCUGGAGAAUGACGUGGGCUAUGUCAUCCAGCUGGUGGACAAGCACCAGCGGGAGCAGGAGAGGAGCGUGUCCAUCAGCCCCCUCAUGGCCAACAAGGAUGCGCUCGCCCAGUACGCCUGCGCUUACAGUGAAAUCCAGGAGCUACUGGAUUUCCACAAAGCGCAGGUGGAGGCCCGGGCUCGCGCCUCUCAGCCCGGGCACGAGGGCGAGGCCCUUGUUGGCUUCGGCGUGUACCGGAGGGACACGCUCCAGGGCCUGUAUGCAGCCAGCGACCCAGAGAGGAAGAGCUAUGUCAACUGGCUGAGACGGAGCACACCUAUGCCUGGGACCACCAUGGACGCCGCCAAAAACUACAUCUUGGCGAGGGACAAGGAGCAGCCAGCCAGCAGCAGCUCCACCGCAGCUGCUGCCGCCACCACCAGCAGCACUGCCGCCGCCACCACCACCAGCACUGCCGCCGCCGCCACCACCAGCAGCGGCAGCACAUCGCCGCUGCCGCAGCGAAAGCCAGCUGCUCCCUUGUUCAAGUCCCUCCUGGCGUGGCAUUCCCUGACCCCAGGUGAGCUGCAGGCCAAGGUCCGCAAGAUCGUCGGUCCUGCUUCGACAUCGCGGCCUGCAGCUCCAGUGUUGUCCUCCGUCCGAGACCAGCGCCCCUCGCGUCCACUGCCGUCCACCACCACGGAGAUGACGGACGAGGAACUGGUCGAGGCAGCCAGUGACAUAGAGAUGGUCGACAUACAGGUCCUGAACCCGCUCCCAGAGGUGGCGCCUCCUCCACCUUCUCCGGCUGCCGCGCUCCCCGCCGCCACCACACCGCCACCCAUGGCUGCUCCACCUCCACCCGCAGCUGUCUCUCCAGCCUCUGCGGGAAGCCAGGAGCCCCGACGAGUGUCCGUGGAGGUCAUUUCGUCGGGGGAGGCCACCCUGGUACCACUGCCGCGGAAGAGGAAGAGGAAGGAGAAGCACGUGGAGCAGCCAACUGCCACUCCUGCUGUGGCUGAGCCCCAACUGCCUGAGAGCUGGCGCGCAGCUCUCACGAGGGAACAGCAGGAGUGGGUUGCCGGGGUGCUGUUUCGGGUGGACAGCAGGGGGAGGACCCGCCUCAGCGGGGACCUGGACCUGUGGUGGGACCCCCCCAAGCCCCGGCAGAAUUACACUCAGCCGCCCGCCAGUCCUGACUCCUUCUUCGCGUGCCGGUUGUUCCUCUGGAUGCCCCAGCGUCUGUGGGGUGUCCGGCUGGCAUGCACCCAGCCUGGUUGUAACAAACCGUUAACCAAGGCUGGGCUCUACAAGACCAUCCGGAGGGUCUUGGACAUCGACUCCUGGUACUUCAUGGCCACCGAGUACCUGGAGUGCACUCGAUGUCAGAGGAAGGUAGCAGGAUGGUCGCAGGAGGUGAUGCGGCAGCUGGGGCCAGGACAGCUGGCCCAGUUCCCGGCUGUGCUCACGUACAAGCUCUCCUGCGACUGGCGGGUCAUCGCGCUGCUGCGUGAGCGUUCUCGGGGGAACAGCGCCACGCAGCAUUACAAUAAGAUCUGUGAGCUGCACACAGAGGCGUGGAUGCGGAAGUCCAUACGUUACCUCAGCGUCAUGAGGCCCUUCAGGAAGGCGGGUGUCGUGGCCCAGGUUCAGCCGCCGCCGCUCAUGCGCCCGGUCCCACUUCCGGAGUGGCUGCUGACCGUCUACGGCCACGACAUCCUCGCCCGCCUCCAGGACGUGAAGAGCCGGGUCACCUCCAUCUUCGGGAAGAUCCUGAAGUUGGAUUCCACCAAGAAGGUGACCCGUAAACUUCGCCGGUGCCGCCCGUGGGACCGCAGCCUGGGCUACCAACGUCGGGAACGAGCACGGGCAGGUCCUCAUGUCCGUGCUCACGGCGGCCGAGGGGGCCGGCCUUCAGCCCAUGGCUGCCGGGUUGGUGAGGCGGUACCGGGACGCUGGGGUAGAGCCGCCGCUGCUGCUGUACGUCAACAGGGACUGCUGCUCGCGGCAUGGAGUUGGCAAGACGGCUGCUAUGUUCGCAGGGUGGGACAAGCUGGCGGUCCGGUUGGACAUUUGGCACCUGAUGCGGCGCAUUGCAGCAGGUGUCACCACCGAGAGCCACCAGCUCUACAAGCCCUUCCUGCAGCAGCUGUCCUCUGCCAUCUUCGAGUGGGAUGCUGCAGACAGAGCCCACUUGCUCGCAGCCAAGAAGCAGCAGCUGGCGGCACAGGGGAAGACCGUCCCCCGCGACGACGCUGGGGUCUGGAGGCACGUCAGCCGCAGGGAGAUGGCCCUCCACUGCCGUCGCCACACGCGUGGAGCUGUGGAGACGGAGCGGCUGAUCGACGACCUCCUGUCCAUUUACACCAGCGAGUGGGGACGGGACACCGUGGGAAUUCCCCUGUUGGACGACCGCAUCCACAACAUCUGGGCGGAGCAGAAACGCCACCUCGCCUGCAUCCAGGACCCGCCGGAUGUGGAGCUGUACACCCAGACGGGCAGGCUGAACAAGGGGGGAAUCAGCCUGCCGGUGUACAGAUGCGCGCGGGGCUCCACAUCCCUCGAGUCAUUCCACCUGCAUCUCAACCUCUUCAUCCCAGGAGAAAGCGCCAGUGCCUGGCAUUUCCAGGCAUUUCUCCUGGACGGGUUGAUGCGGUGGAAUGA